UCAACGCAUUUUAAAACAAUUCAACAUCAGUAUUCCUAAUAGAUCCUAAGACCACCAUGGACGUUACUCCAAUGCCACAAGUAGCCACUCUGGAUGACCUGAUUCAAGAACUCCACAGGGUAUUCGACAGCGAUGAAGUCAAUGUCGAAUAUGUGCACAGCCUCCUCGCUUCUUACAAGUCUAAUCCGAUCGAGUGGAAGAAAUUUGCCAAGUUCGAUCGAUACAAGUACACGAGGAACCUAGUCGACGAAGGCAAUGGCAAGUUUAACCUCAUGCUGCUGUGCUGGGGACCCUCGCAUACCUCGACCAUUCACGACCACGCCGACGCCCAUUGCUUCAUGAAGAUGCUGGCAGGUUCACUUCAGGAGGUGAGGUUCGAAUGGCCGAAAGGUGAAGAGACAGAGACUGAAGAAGGAAUGGUUGAAAUCGACAGAAAUAUUCUGAAACCCAACGGCGUGUGUUACAUUAAUGACUCCCUGGGCCUGCACCGUGUCGAGAACGCCUCCCACAGUGAAAACGCCGUCUCCCUCCACCUCUACUGCCCCCCCUUCAGCGCCUGCCAAAUAUUCGACCAGAGGACUGGCAAGAAACAGAAGUGCCCAGUCACCUUCUGGAGCAAGUUUGGCAAGAAAGUCGAAAACGGCCCUCCAAAAUCAGCAUGUUGAAGAGAAGACCAAAAAAUUACUUGAGGCUCACGAAAGGUACAUCUUGUGUCUAUGGUUAAUGUGGCUUAACGCAGAACAUACUAGUGUUUGUUCUUCAUAACUGUACGGUAACUACUAUAUAGACUAUCACAGCUGAACGUGUCUAUUAUCUGAAUGUCAGUGAGUUGCAGGCAUAUAUACCACACUGAUGAAGAGGUUAAAGCUUCGUGAUAAAGCAUUAAUAUUUAAUUUUGUACAUUUCUCUGAAUCAGAGU